AUGCCGCGCCCGCAAAUUGACCUUGCUGCCCACCGAGACGAGAUACAGACCCUUUUUGAGAGCGGUGCUACUCAUGAAGCUAUUCAGCAUGCCCUGGCCGCCCGUGAGGUGCACGUGACCCUUAUUACGCUCAGAAGACGACUUGAUUCCUGGGGUUUUCGGAGAUACAGCACCGGACCCGAUAUGCGUGAGAAUGUUAAAACCCUACUACCCCUUAUGCGCCCUCGAGAUGUCCAAAAAGUGCUACCUACGCUUACCGAGCGCACUUUUCGGAGAAUUCGGGCGGAAAUGGGUGUCAAAUUACGCACAGACGACCCUGUUGAGCGUGACCAGCAAAGAGAGGAGUUACAGGCGGUUUUGACCUAUUAUGACCGUACUGGAGAAAUUGAGGGGUACGGACGACGCGCAAUGCAGGUCCACCUCCGUCGUUAUGAGCAAUAUUAUCCAGCUGAUCUAAUCUACGACGUUUACCGAGAAAUCCGCCCUGACGCAGUUUUACGCCGCACAAACGACCUCCAGCGUGGCCGUGGUAGCUAUAGCUGCCCUGGGGCUAAUUUCGUCUGGCAUGUUGAUGGGCAUAUGAAGCUUGAACCUUAUGGAUUCGAGAUUUAUGCUGCUAUUGAUGGAUACUCUCGCAAAAUCAUGUGGAUUUAUACCGGUAUAAGCGCACGCACAGCUGUGAGUGUUGGACGUCAAUAUCUUGACUGUAUUCAGCAUGCUGGGUGUAUUCCGCGUUUUAUCCGCUGUGAUUUAGGUGUUGAAGGGCAUAUGAUGGCUGAUUUUCAUCUUGCACUCCGGAGGGUGGAAGAUCCUACGAUUACACGUCUUCGUGAUUGUUUUCUACUAAGUAAAAGCACAGAAAACCAGCGUAUUGAAUCGUUUUGGUCGAAACUACAGAAAACGUGUUUAUUUAUCUAUCGUCAUUACUUCAUGAUUUUACGAGAAUCACACCUCUUUUCAGCAGCAAAUAUUACAGACCAGGUCGCCCUUCUCGCCAUCUAUAUGCCACUUAUCCGACGACAUGUUUCAGAGUACAUCAAAGAUCAUAAUUCGUUUCCCAUCCGCCCUCAAAAAAAUAGGCUUGGGUGUGUUACCGGUAUUCCACUCGUCAACUACGACUUCCCUCCACCUGGGAAGCAAUACAAGUGCGAAGUGAGCGAGGAAACCUAUCAAAUCCUGUACGAAAAUGUCGCACCAUGGGAUCCUAUAGAAUAUCUUCCACCUGCUACUCUGGCGUGGUGCUCUACACAGCUGAAUGAUAUCAUUCCAGGGGGAUUUGACCCCGAAAAUCCACCUCUCUACCGACCGGGUGAUAACCCCUUACAGCCAUAUCGAUCUGUGUACGAGCAGCUGCGGAUUCGAGCAUUAGACCAUGAAGAUUCUGGUAUGCAGCCGAAAUUCAGCGUUUGUGACAAGCCCUUAGAUGGAUAUAAUUGGCGAAAUUCAGGUGCAGCAGAGGGUGUAACAGCGGAAAGUGGUUGA